UGUAUUCAGUGGAGGCCAUUCUCACUCAUAUAAUGUUUCUUUUGACUUAAUCUUUUCUCUGCAAGGCUUUUUGCACCUUUCACCACCUACUUACUUUCAUCUAGGAAGUCAUUCAAACCUCCAAAUGUUCCUCACUGAAAGGGCUUCUGUACUUCUAUACAACGUCCUUUUGCCUCUGAGAGAAAGAGUGCAGCUGAAAGGAGAGAAUGAAUACAAAGAAGCAAAUCAAGCGUCAAAGCAGCUGAUUGGGUCAUGAGGUCUGAGUUUAGCAGUGCUGUCUUGAUGGGCUUGGGUGUGACAGAUGUUGUACGGUUUAGAGACUCAGAGGUGGGGUGUGGAGCUCAGGCGUCGGUCAGAGACGUCGAGCGGUGCAUCUUGAACACAACGUUCAUGUUGGAAUCACGGUGUGUGAGACUGGAGAGCUGUCAAGUUCAUGAUAGAGAAGCAUGUACAUCCAAGACCCUGACCACAGCUGCUUCCUUGGACCACGUUUGACUGGUGCUGAUACACUGGUGGCUGAGUUCCUGAGUGAGGUCCACGUGCUGAGAGCACGACAGCAACCAUGUCUUCCUGUCCGUCCUCUGAAGACGUGGAGUUCUACGCUCUCAAAACUGCUGCUGUUCAGUUCUACCGCAACUCCAAGGUCCCUCAAGAGAUAGAGAGAGCAUUGAAUGAGCUUUUCUACCACCAGCCUGAAGACCGCCUGGGAUUCCUGGCCAAUUAUUUCUCGGGCCUGUCGACGCCUGUGAGGAUCAGCAAAGUCAGAGGCAGAGAGGUGUUUGAUGUGAGGGGACAGCUGGUUGUGGAGGCCCAGGUUUUCUGCAUCGUCCGCAACAAGGAGAAGAGGAUGUCUUCGGCUUCCAUCCUCAGCCACUUCCCUCUCACCAGAACCUUCCACGAUCUAAAUGCUCAGUGCGAUGAGCGAUUGGAGCAUGUGACGACAGCUGUGCAGUGGAUCAACGGGGCCUUGAACGACAUGUUGAAGGGCCGGAGUCCCUGCGACCAGACUGGGGCAGACAGCGUCCUCAGCAAGUUCUUCCUGCCCUACAGCACGGAAACUAUCGAGCUGACUCUCUGGCCGAAGGAGGAGAGUGUUUCUCACUGUGAGUCUGAGAUGGUGCCGUCGACUCCUGUGCCCACCAAAGAGAAGAAGUGUACAGACAGAAAAAAGAAAUGCAACAGUGUAGAGAAGCCAAUUCUCCCACCAGAACCACCAAAACCAGCUCCGGCUGGCAGCAUGGCCAUCGGCUCGCUCUCUCUGGCUCUGGCCAAGGCGGGCGCUGAGGUGCAGGAGCGUCCACUCUACAAGUACAUCGCUUCUCUGAAGAACCCAGAGGCUGAGACUCAGUUCCACAUCCCGGUGCCGCUGAUCACUAUCUUGAGCUGUGGGAAGAACUCGCACGGGAAGGUCAGUCUGUUUGAGGAAGUCAUCCUGGUGCCCAAGCCGGGACAGCAGGCCAAGCAGGCCAUCACCACAAGUGUGGAGCUGCAGAGGGAAGUUCUGAGAAUCAUCAACAAUUCGACUAAGUCUGGGGCGGCCCAUCCCAUCCAUCUUGAAGGUGGACUCCUGGUGUUGAGCUUCGAGCGCCUGGAGCAUCCACUGGAUCUGAUCAAUGAGGCCAGCGCCAACCUCGGGCUGACACUAGGGGUAGAUGUCUACUUGGCCCUGAAUUGCGCGGCCUUUGACCUCAUGGACUAUUCUAAAGGCAAGUACGAGAUAUCAACUGGGACUUUGAAGACUCCAGAUGAGCUGGUGGAGUUUUACAGAGGCUUGAUCAGCAAGUUUCCUGCCGUGGUGGCUUUGAUCGAUCCCUUCAGGCGGGAGGACCCGGAGCAGUGGGAGAAGCUCAGCCAUGCGACCGGACACACGUGCGUGCUGCUUUCUGAAGUGUCCCACGAUCUGCAGUCUCCUCUGCUGCAUGGAGCCGCAGGUUACGUCCUCAGAUACAUGAACGAGAUGACGAUCAGUGAUCUGCUCACCAUCUCCGUGCAGCACCAUGGUGCGGUCAUCAUGGGCUCAGCAAGCUGUGAACCGUGCGGGGACGACUGUCUGGCAGAUCUGGCAGUGGGUCUUGGUCUGGACUACAUCAAGAUGGGAGGUCUGAGCAGCGCCGAGAAGAUGACCAAGUACAACCGGCUCAUUUCUAUAGAGGAGGAACUGGCACAGGAGGGAAUCCUGGCGUCCAGAGAGAGUCACCCCCCACCUCUCUGCACAGAAGCACCUCCAGAAGAGUCAGCUUCUCCCGACACUGACUGAGGUGACACAGCAGGCGACUCAGUCUUCUACUUCCUGUUUCAUACGCCUGCUACAGAACUUACUUACAAUACAGCAUGUCCUGCACCUUCCAGAGCUCCUUGGUGGUCCAAUAAAUAUGUGUUUAGAGAUGCAGGGUGUUGCAUUCGGAGUCACGCGUUUGUGCGUCAGUGAGGCUUUGGUUGUAAUCGGCGUGACUCAUUACAUGAGGAAACA